AGGUUGGCAAAUUUUGACAGAUGAGAGAACUGCGAGUUUGACGCACGUGUUUAUAUUUUUAAUUUAAUUAAUAUUGUUUGAUUAAAAGGAAAUAAUAGAGAUUUAAUUGUAAUUAAUUAGUAGAAUAAAAGUAUUAGCUAACAAAUUAUGGUAAUGACGAGUACAUUCUUAAGGGCAAUUUCGACAAAUUCACCAAAAUCACUUUUCAAAUUUCUUCUAAGAGAAAGUCAAAAAUUGCCUAGAGAAGCGCAGCAAUUUUAUAAACAUUCAAUUAAACAAAGUUUUAAGCAACACGUCGAUGAACCUGAUCCCGAACGAGUUAAACAAAUAAUGGAAAAAGCUUUGUCUGAUGCGAAGUGGGUUCUGCAAAAGUAUAAAUCCGCCCCUAAAGCGACAUAGUAGGAAUGUGAUUAGAAGAAUGUAAAAGAACAAUUUUUGAUGAUUAAUUAAAUUUGAUUAUCGCUUUUAAAAUGGAAUUCGUAGUAAUAAUUAGCGAAAAAUGCAAUGCAGACGUCACUCAAUUUUGGCAAGCAAUCGACAUUUGGUUGAAUAAGCCCCACGUAAUCAAUCGUCGAAUUUUAGUUUCAUCUCGCCUGAUUACUUUUGAAUACAAAGAAACAGAAUCUGAAUUAUUCAGAUGGAUUAAUGAAUUAGAUUUCAAUUCUCUCGAAGCAUCACAAGUGGAAAAUUAUGUUUUUUCUCAAAAACUUUUUCACAACUCUUCAAAAAUUAAUGCUAAUCAAUCUAGUUUCAUCAAUUUAGAAAAUAGAGGAAAGUUUAUAAACAUCUCGAAACUGUUACCUCGGAAUCAAGAAAUAUUUUCUCCAACAUUGGAGGUGACACUUGUAGAUAAAGAAACAAAUAGAAUUACUUCAUUUUACAAAUGUUUUUCAAAUGAAAAGCAAUCGUUGUGUUUUCAGUAUCCAUACAGAAUAAGUUUUGAGAAUAGUGAAAUAUUUAUCAGUGUUGAAAAAAAUUAUCCAAAUAAUUCCUGUUUCAAAUGGCUUAAGGAGCAAUUAUUUCCGAGAUUAGUCAAAUGGAUGAUGGAUGAGGGUGAUAUGAAAAAUAGUUUUAUAAAUGGAUCUCUUAAUUUAGUGCCGAUGGAUAGAUACGCUGAUUUGUACAGUAAACUGAAGGAGAAAUAUGGAGCAGAAAUUGUGAAAAUUUGGCCAGAGAACACAGAUCCGUUAAAAUUUGUUUAUGAAGAUAUUGCCAUUGCAACUUACUUGUUAAUUAUUUGGGAAAAAGAACGAGAGGAAUUGGCAAUUGAGGAGAAGCAAACGUUUUUAGAUCUUGGUUGUGGGAAUGGUUUAUUGGUUCAUAUUCUCUCGAGAGAAGGACACAAUGGUUUAGGAAUUGAUUUAAGGGAGAGAAAAAUUUGGCAUCUCUUUCCAGAAAGUACACAUUUAGAGGUACGAACAAUAAUUCCAUCAUCAAAAAGUUUAUUUCCGGAUGUGGAUUGGCUAAUUGGAAACCACUCAGACGAAUUAACACCGUGGAUUCCCGUGAUAGCGGCAAGAAGUUCCUACAAAUGUCGUUUUUUCCUUCUACCUUGUUGCCCUUACGAAUUUGACGGAAGAAAAUACCAAAGAGAAAGCGCAUCACGAAGUCAAUAUUUAGAUUACAUGCAUUACAUUCAAAGAGUCAGUGAGGAAUGCGGUUUUCAAGUUCAAGUCGAUAAACUAAGAAUUCCAUCAACGAAACGUACUUGUUUCAUUGGCAAGAAAAGAACAUACCCACCAGACACUGAUCGUGAGAAGGAAAUCAAAAAUAUCAUAGACGAAAGAUCAUUGAAAAAAUCCGACAAAAAUUCUCCAACUCACGAGAAAAAUCAAUGGUCCCUAGAUUUUAAACCCAGAGAAACUAUCGAAAAAGUACGUAAUUGUACUCAAAUCGACAAAAAUCUCAUUGACGAAAUAGUGAAUACAGUAGCAAAUUUUCUUUUAUCGAAAACACGAAUUAUUUCUCUAGACAGUGAGAGAAAAUGGAAUGCCGGCGGUCUAAUGGAAUUAAGUCAAGUGGUUGCAAUUAUUCCCGAGAAGAGUUUAAAAUCAUUAAAAAACGAAUGCGGAGGUUUACAAACUCUAUUGAAAAACAAGGGUCACAUUUUUUGCGUUCAAGCCGGAAAGGUAAGUUUUCGAAUUCCUGGCAGUGAAACUGCAAAUAAAAAACGAAAAAAGAAUCGAAAUACACAAAAGAGAAUUCGAAAAGAAAAAAAUUGUUGGUUCAAUGAAAAUCAUCCCGAUGGUUGUCCAUUGUCCGACGAGAUUUGUGAUUUUAAGCACUAAACAUUGUCAACAAGAAACAACAAGAAAAUACAAAUUUAUCUGAAAA